UUGAGGAACCUGUGCCUAUCAAAAAGACAUCAGACGAUAAUCUUUAUGUUCCUUUCAUUCCACAUGAAGAAGGACCACAUGAAAUCAAUGUGCGCAAAGAUGGCAAACCUGUUCCAGACAGCCCCUACAUUGUUGACGUGCUUCCCAAAGUUGAGGAACAACCUGUAGAAGAGGUGUACCCGAUGAGCAGACCGUGCGAUGUUGGUAUGGACAUUCCUAGUGUGAACCUCCCAGAUGACUUCAAGAAACUAACAGGAACCCUUGAAAGACCCGGAAGCAAGAAGGAAGAACCUGUCACCUUGGAACUCAAUCCUGAUAAUACACUUG